CCCUUUUCCUCUUGGGACCGAGUCUUUGCGGUGGGAAAAGAGUGUUUUUUCUCCCUCGAAAGCCUCUGCCGACAGCAGAAAGUGUCUGUGCUUAAUUGCAUCCGAAGGAGCCGGGCAGGUGGUGCGCAGGGUGGCAGGACAGGGUGCUGCUGCUGCCUGCCGGAGGUGUGAUGAGUGCCCCGGCCUCAGCCAGGACAGAGCAGAUUUGGGCUUGCUGGGGGCACGGCAGGGAGCUGAGGGCUCAAGGAGGUGCCGGGACAUGGCGAGGUGACCACCAAGCCGAGGCACGGCAGGUCUCGGGCCCGGGGUCCCUGCCCGAAGCCGGGGGAGCUCGGGGUUGCGGCGUGUGCUCUGCCGGGGGGACCGUCCUCGGGGUGGCCGGGGCAGCGUGUCCGGCCCCGCGGCGUGGCAAUUUUCCUUACAAGGAGUUUGGCUGGAGCCCGAGCAGCGGGAGCCGCACUCGCCUCCGCCUGCCUCAUUCAUCGCAGCCCCGGCCGUGCAGGGGCCGCUGCUGUCCCGGCCCCGAGCUCACGGAGAACCCCGCGUCCCCUCCGGCCGCGGGUUUUAAGGUGGGAGGCUGCGUUUCUCUUCUCUUUCGGGGGUGCGAUGAGUGGGCAGAGGGCUGGGGGGUCCUUCUCUUUGGGUGAGUGCUGGCCGCCACUGUGGGAUGCGGAUGCCAGCCAGCCUGGCUCUAGGAUGCGGAUGGAAGAGAGGGAAUCUCCCACCCUGGUGCUGCUGAGCCCUUCUCUCGCCCAGGCUGGGGUACCCACGAGCCAGGCAGUGAUGAGGUGAGAUCCGACAUGGCAGCGGGUGCUCCACGUCCCCCGCUCUCUCCCGCAGGACCGAGGAUGUCCUCGAUGUUUGGCAAACCCCGAGCCAGCAGCGAGCGGCCGCCCCUGAGUCCCCUCCCCGAGUGCAACGUGGCCAUCCUGGGGUGCAGAGGGGCCGGCAAGUCAGCUCUGACCGUGAAGUUUCUAACCAAGAGGUUCAUCAGUGAAUAUGAUCCCAACUUGGAGGACACCUACUCCUCAGAGGAGCUGGUGGACCAGCAGCCUGUGCUCUUGAAGGUGAUGGACACUGCUGACCAGGAUGGCCCCGGGAACUGCGAGCGCUACCUGUGCUGGGCCAGCGCCUUCCUUGUUGUCUACAGCAUCGACAACAGGAGGAGCUUUGAGGGCUGCCAGCGCUACCUGGAGGUGCUGGCCCUGCACGCGCGGGGCUGCCAGCGCCACUGCCCCGUGCUCCUGCUGGGAAACAAGCUGGACAUGGAGCAGUACAGGUAUCGGGCAUGCGGUGCCCUCAGCAGAAGGGAUGUCCCUCGCCAGCAGGUUCGGGUGCCUCUUCCACGAGGUGUCUGCCUGCCAGGACUUCGCUCGGGUGCAGCACGUCUUCCACGAGGCCGUGCGGGAGGUGCGGCGCCGGGCGGAGCAGAACCUGCCCGUGCGGCCGCUCUUCAUCUCCGAGGAGCGUCCCUGCCCGCCCGUGGCCACGCCGGUGGUCCUGCCCACCCACCACAGCUUGGCCACCUGCACCUUCAACACCCUCUCCACCGUCAACUGCAAGGAGAUCCCCUCGGUGGCCCAGGCCAAGCUGGUCACCGUCAAGUCCUCGCGGGCUCAGAGCAAAAGGAAAGCUCCCACGCUCACCUUGCUGAAAGGCUUCAAGAUAUUUUAGGACACAUCCCUGUGGGCUGCAGAGAGGGAGAAGAGAGACCCUCAUCCAUCCCCCCAGCUCUGCAGAGGCUGAGACCUUCCAUGAUGGACUCACAGGCAUUGCAGCAGCCGCUGGCAGAUGGUGGCCUCAAGUCUCCAUGCUGGGGCAAAGCUAGCAGUGGCAACUUGGCGAGCAGGCAGAGUGCCAAGGGUCUGCCACGGGCUGUGGCAUCGCUCUGCCUGCUCCUGCCAGUGCUGCUGUGGUGUUUGCACCCUGUCCUGCCACUGGCACUAGGGCCAGAUCAGUUUUCUGUGAGGAUGCAGCAGCUCCCAGCAGAGCCGGAGCUGUGGAUACCACUGGGAGGGCAAGGGCUGGCCCCAUGGCCACCAGCCAGCUUGGGCACCUGGCCCACAGCCACGGGAGCUCAGAAAGGAGGGAUUAAUCAUUAAUCCAGCACGGAGGCACCCAUCUCGUUCAUCCCACAGGUCCCCGACUAAGCAAUAAGUAGGAGGAAUUUUUAUUUUUUUUUUAAUCCAGAUAAAAAAGGUGCAGAUACUGUUUCAGCUGCUUAAAGGCCCCAGGUGGCCUGAAACUGAUACCCACACAUCAAGCUAAGUCACAUCAAAAUUGCUGCUUUUUAAAUCAACUUUUUACACUAUAGCAUCCCUUUCCAAAGGCUUUACAAGGAGAUGCUUUGCUGACAAGGACGUGGUCUGAAAAGCCUUUGUUUAAAAGACUGAUGUAUUUCCAAUAAUGUCCUAAAUUAUUUCAUGGCUUUUACGUGUGCCCAGUGAAGGACACAAAGGGAAUCCUGGAGCAGACCAGGCUCUACCUGUGCUGGAGCCAGGGCCAAGGGCUGGGUGUUUGGUUUCAGGUGCUCCAUCAGGUUAAAUAUUCUGCUUCUCCCUGGAGUUGCAGUUACUUUGCAGAGUAAAAUAUCGAUGUGUAUAUUUGUACAUAUAGCCAUAU